AUGCUCUUCGACAAAUUCUCCACUGCCGGCCCGGUUCUCUCGAUUCGUGUCUGCCGUGAUGCGAUCACUCGCCGCUCGCUUGGCUACGCCUACGUCAACUUUCAACAACCAGCUGAUGCCGAACGUGCUCUCGACACGAUGAACUUCGACGCACUCAAUGGAAAGCCGAUUCGCAUUAUGUGGUCCAACCGUGAUCCAUCUACUCGUCGCUCUGGAGCUGGAAACAUCUUCAUCAAGAAUCUUGACAAGUCCAUUGACAACAAAGCUGUCUACGAUACGUUCUCGCUUUUCGGAAACAUUCUUUCGUGCAAGGUUGCUCUCGAUGAUGAGGGACAAUCGAAGGGCUAUGGCUUUGUGCAUUUCGAGACCGAGGACGCUGCAACUAGAGCCAUUGAGAAAGUUAAUGGAAUGCUUCUCGCUGGAAAACAAGUGUACGUCGGUAAAUUCCAACCUCGAGCUGCUCGUGCCAAAGAGAUCGGCGAGUCGGGCAAGCGGUUCACCAAUGUAUUCGUGAAGAACUUUGGAGAAGAUCUUGACCAGGAUACAUUGGAUAAACUCUUCGCAAAAUAUGGAGAGAUCAGCUCGAGCGCUGUUAUGACCGAUAUUGAGGGAAAGAGCAAGGGAUUCGGAUUUGUCGCAUUUAAAGAGGCUGAAGAUGCCGAGAAGGCUGUUGAUGCUUUGAACGAGUUCGCUUUGGAAGGAUCCGACAAGAAGCUCUUCGUUUGCCGUGCUCAGAAGAAAGGAGAACGAUCUGCUGAGCUCAAGAGACGCUUUGAGAUGGCGAAAGCUGAGCGAAUGCAACGCUAUCAAGGAGUGAAUCUCUACGUAAAGAACUUGGAUGAUUCGGUCGAUGAUGAGACUUUGAGAAAGAGCUUUGAGGAAUUCGGAAAGAUCACCUCAGCCAAGGUGAUGACUGAUGAGAACGGGCGCUCGAAAGGCUUCGGUUUUGUAUGCUUUGAGAAGCCUGAUGAGGCUACAAAGGCUGUCACUGAGAUGAACGCAAAGAUCAUCUGCUCCAAACCUCUCUAUGUGGCACUUGCUCAACGCAAGGACGAUCGUCGUGCUCAACUCGCCUCUCAAUACAUGCAACGUCUCGCCAGCAUGCGCAUGUCUGGACCAAUGCCCACCACCAACAUCUACACAGCCGGAAAUGGAGGAUACUUUGUCGGAAGCGCUCUUCCAAACCAACGCGGCAACUUCAUGGCUGGAGGUGGAAUGCCCGCUGCCGCCAUGCGUGGACCUCAACGCUGGAGUGCUGCUGGAUUACCUGGACAAACCUUUGGACAAGCUCCUUACCUCGUCCAAACGCAAGGCUACCAACAACAACGCCGUCCAGGAGCCGCCCCUACUGGUCAACGCGCGCCGCAAGGAUAUCAACAACAAGGCGUUGCUCCACGUGGAGUCCCACAACAACGUGCACCAGCCGGAUACGCGCAAGCUGUUCGCCCAACUCCUCAACAGAAUAUCGUGGUUGGAGGACAAGAGCCACUCUCGUCUCAUGCUCUUGCACAAGCUUCUCCACAGGAACAAAAGCAAAUGCUUGGAGAGCGUAUUUACACCCUUAUCGACAAGAUGUACAACGGUCGAAACGAUGCCGGAAAGAUUACGGGAAUGAUGCUCGAAAUGGACAACGCUGAGUUGAUCAUGAUGUUGCAAGACGACGAGCUCUUCCGUCAAAAGGUCGGCGAGGCUGCCAAUGUCCUCCAACAGGCUCAGCAAAACCAAAUGCCCAAG